AUGGCCCUCCCAGCCCUGGGCCUGGACCCCUGGAGCCUCCUGGGUCUCUUCUUCUUUCAACUGCUGUUGCUGCUGCUGUCGCCGCUGACUGCAGAGAGUGGUGGGCAGGGACCUAUGCCCAGGGUCAAAUAUUAUGCAGGGGAUGGACGCCGGGCACUGAGCUUCUUCCACAAGAAGGGCCUCCAGGACUUUGACACUCUGCUCCUGAGUGGUGAUGAGAACACUCUCUAUGUGGGAGCUAAAGAGGCCAUUCUGGCCUUGAAUAUCGAGGAUCCAGGAGUUCCGAAGCUGAGGAACAUGAUACCUUGGCCAGCCAGUGACAGAAAAAAGAGUGAAUGUGCCUUUAAGAAGACUAAUGAGACACAGUGUUUCAACUUCAUCCGUGUCCUGGUCUCUUUCAACGCCACGCACCUCUACGCCUGUGGCACCUUUGCCUUCAGCCCAGCUUGCACCUUCAUUGGACUCCAAGAUUCCAACCUGUUACCCAUCUCAGACAAGGUCAUGGAAGGGAAAGGCCAAAGCCCCUUUGACCCUGCUCACAAGAACACAGCUGUCUUAGUGGAUGGGAUGCUCUAUUCUGGCACGAUGAACAACUUCCUGGGCAGUGAGCCCAUCCUGAUGCGCACGCUGGGCUCGCAGCCUGUCCUCAAGACUGACACCUUCCUCCGCUGGCUGCACCCGGACGCCUCCUUCGUGGCAGCCAUCCCUUCGACUGAGGUCGUCUACUUCUUCUUUGAGGAGACAGCCAGCGAGUUCGAAUUCUUUGAGAAGCUCCACACCUCCCGGGUGGCUAGAGUCUGCAAGAAUGACGUGGGCGGUGAAAAGCUGCUGCAGAAGAAAUGGACCACUUUCCUGAAGGCCCAGCUGCUCUGCACCCAACCCGGGCAGCUGCCCUUCAACGUCAUCCGCCACGCGGUUCUACUGCCCGCCGAUUCUCCCUCCGUUCCCCACAUCUACGCAGUCUUCACCUCCCAGUGGCAGGUCGGCGGGACCAGGAGUUCAGCAGUGUGUGCCUUCUCUCUCCUGGAUAUUGAGAACGUCUUUAAGGGGAAGUACAAGGAGUUAAACAAAGAAACUUCACGCUGGACUACUUAUAGUGACAGUGAGAUCACCCCCCGCCCAGGCAGCUGCUCCGUGGGUCCCUCCUCUGAUAAAGUCUUGACCUUCAUGAAGGACCAUUUCCUGAUGGAUAAGCAGGUAGUGGGCACGCCCCUGCUGGUGAAGUCUGGCGUGGAGUACACACAGCUCGCAGUGGAGACAGCCCCGGGCCUUGAUGGGCACAAUCAUCUGGUCAUGUACCUGGGCACCUCCACAGGGUCUCUGCACAAGGCUGUGGUGAGUGGGGAUGGUGAUGCCUACCUGGUCGAGGAAAUCCAGCUGUUCCCUGACCCCGAACCUGUUCGUAACCUGCAGCUGGCCCCCACCCAGGGUGCACUGUUUGCGGGCUCCUCGGGAGGUGUCUGGAGGGUGCCCCGAGCCAACUGCAGUGUCUACGAGAGCUGUGUGGACUGUGUUCUUGCCCGGGACCCCCACUGUGCCUGGGACCCUGAGUCUCAAAUCUGCCGCCUUCUCUCUGCCCCCAACCUGAAUUCCUGGAAGCAGGACAUGGAGCAUGGAAACCCAGGGUGGGCGUGUGCCAAUGGCCCCAUGGGCAGGAGUCACCGGCCUCAGAGCCGCCCGCAAAUCAUUAAAGAGGUCCUGGCUGUCCCCAACUCCAUCCUGGAGCUCCCCUGCCCCCACCUGUCAGCACUGGCCUCCUACCACUGGAGUCACAGCCAGGCGGCCCUCCCAGAAGCCUCUUCUGCUGUCUAUAACGGCUCCCUCUUGCUGUUGCCCCGGGAUGGAGUCGGGGGCCUCUACCAGUGCGUGGCCACCGAGAAUGGCUUCUCGUACCCCGUGGUCUCCUACUGGGUGGACGGCGAGGAGCAGGCCCUGGCCCUGGAUCCUGAACUGGCCGGCAUCCCCCGGGAGCGCGUGGAGGUCCCCCUGACCAGGGUCGGUGGUGGGGCAGCCGUGGCCGUCCAGCGCUCCUACUGGCCCCACUUCCUCGUGGUCACCGUGCUGCUGGCCCUAGUGCUCUCGGGCGCCCUGAUUGUCCUCCUCGCCUCCCCGCUGGGGGCACUCCGGGCUCGGGGCAAGGUCCAGGGCUGUGGGAGCCCGCCCCCUGGGGAGAAGGCCCCCCUGAGCAGGGAGCAGUGUCUCCAGCCCCACAAGGACUGCAGGACCUCCGUCAGUGACACGGACGCUGACAGCCGUCUGGGCACGGAGGUGGCUUAA